CACACAUCCAGUGUAUUUGCUCCACUGAUAUUGAGAUCCUUUUCCAAUUCUUUCUUUCUUUCUUAUUGGAAGAGAAGAGUGAAACACACAGCCAAAAAAAAAAUACACUACUUCUGAAGAACAUUAAAUCAAUUGAUUAAAAGAAUCAUUCGCAAAGCAAGUAUAAAUCAAAGAGCAAAAAAAAAAAAAAAAAAAUGGUGAGAGCACCUUGUUGUGAGAAGAUGGGGUUGAAGAAAGGGCCAUGGACACCUGAAGAAGAUCAAAUUCUUAUCUCUUAUAUUCAAUCAAAUGGUCAUGGCAAUUGGAGGGCCCUACCUAAACUAGCUGGACUAUUGAGAUGUGGGAAGAGUUGCAGACUCCGUUGGACUAAUUAUCUGCGUCCAGAUAUAAAGAGGGGAAAUUUCACCAGAGAAGAAGAAGAUAACAUUAUCCAAUUACAUGAAAUGCUUGGCAAUAGAUGGUCUGCAAUAGCAGCGAGAUUACCGGGACGAACGGACAAUGAGAUUAAAAAUGUAUGGCACACUCACUUGAAAAAAAGGCUUAAAAAUUACCAACCUCCUCACAACUCCAAAAGACACUGCAAAAACAACAAUGAUACCAAAGCUCCUAGUACUUCUCAAAUUACCUUGAAAAGUUCAAACAAUUUUAGCAACAUCCAAGAAGACAUUAAUGGGCCCGGGUACGGCCCGAACUCACCACAAUUGUCGUCUAGCGAGGUGUCGACUGUCACAGCCGAUUCAAUGGCCAUGACAACCAUCGCGAAUGGUGAUCAGACGAUGAUUAAACAAUUAGAUGAGAUGGACUCGUCUGAAAAUUUUAUUCCAGAGAUUGACGAGAGUUUCUGGACGGACGAUUUAUCCACAGCUGAUAAUUCGAGUUUCGAUAUGGCGGGUGCCCAUGAAGAAUUACAAGUUCAAUUUCCAUUUUAUGCCAUGAAGCAAGAAAGUGUGGAGAUGGUUGAAACAAAACUAGAGGACGAUAUGGACUUUUGGUACAAUGUUUUCAUAAAGUCUGGGGACUUAUUGGAGUUACCAGAAUUUUGAGGGGUCAAUUUGGUUGUACUGUAAACUUGAAGUAGUGGAAUGCCAACUAAUUAUUGGUACUUUGGGAUUAUUGGGAGUUGACAAGUUUGAAAAUUCAUGUUUGUUUAUUGACCUUUAGUUCUUGAGAGGACCAGCAAAACACUCCAAGUUGAUUACUUUUUUUUUUUUUUUAGCUAGGAUAAUCUUCUUCUUUUUUUUCUUCCAAUUUUUGUAUUGGACCUUUUAGUUAGGUUAAUGGGGAAAAGCAUAGUGGAUGGUAAUGUGAAAAAGAAAGGUUAUGAUGGGUAAUUAUUAUUAGGAUUAGGGAAAAAGAAAUGUAAGAGAAAAGUUUUCAAGAAACUCUGGUCUCCAUCCUCCUAACUUAGCUUAAUUUUAUGUGAAGUACAUCUUUUGUAACAUGACAUUACCCAAAAAAGGAAUAAAAAGCAUUUGUUAUUCAUCUUAA